AUGGCCCUGAUGCCCUUCUUUGGCAUAUUGGCCUGCAGCCUGGGACUGGAAGCUGCGGGUCAUGCGUUCAUGACGGUGCCACAUUCCAAGAACAACGGCUAUCCGGGGAGCUAUGCGUUGCCUAAAGGGGAGUACUACACCACUGCAUCUUGGUGGCUGGACAGGUCGUACUUCGAGGCUGACCCAAAGAACACGCCGUGGCUAAGGCCCGGGCAUUUCUCCUGGAAAGAUGCCAGAGACCUCUACCCAGACUUUCAGCAGACUUUCCACCCAUGUGGGUGCUACAAUCCGCACGGAGUGGAAUUUUGCGCGGGUGUGGAGUUGGCUUCUGGGUUUGGUGAAACCACGAUGGGCCCCUCAAGUGGUCCCAGCAUCACCCCUCAGCAGUGGGUGCUGGGGACAUCGCAAGAAACUGCCUUCAACAUGUAUGCCAACCAUGGGGGAGGUUACGUUUACAUGCUCUGCAAGCGCAGCUCCUUUCUUCAGUGUCGCCUGGACCACCUCGCAGAGCCCAUCCGACUCUCCAGUCGAGAGCAGGUGGAUGCCUACCUAGAGUGCAUCUGGGAUUGCUUCGAAGCGAAUGUCUUGGAGUUCGCACCCGGGGACUCUCAGUGGCUGGAGUAUCAGGCGCAGAGUGGGAUGAACGUGAGCAUGAAGGUUCAGAGCAAGACCGAUGGAACUCUUCCUGAAGGCUCCAGCUGGCGAUGGAUCCCCAUACCAGACACAGCUCAGAUCACUGGGGGUGGAGAAGGAACCUGUGCUUGGGAUGCCGUUGCGUCAUUUAGCAAUGACUUGGUCAAGGAGAAGUUUACGGAAGACUUCGGUGGAGAAGGCGCAUGCGACACAGGGCCCAAAGUUCACAAUCCCAACAACUGGCAGGUGAAGGACCAGGUGCUGGUACCAGCAAGCCUGGCUCCCGGCGAAUACCUUCUGAGUUGGCGUUGGGAUUGCUACAUGGCCGACCAAAUCUGGUCCAAUUGCGCCGACGUCGAGAUCACGGCCGCCACGGCCACGACAGCCCAAACCACCAGCACGACGACACCGCUUAGCACGAGCGAGAUUAGUACGACCAGUACGACCACCAGCCAGAGCACCUGCUUUGACAACGAGCUGCCUGUUCAGUGGAGCCAGGCGGGGCGAUUUGACUGCGCAUACUUUCAGGCAAGGGGGGCAACCUACAGCCGACCCGAUGCCUAUUGCGAGCAUGCUGCUAUUCGGGAUGCCUGCUGUUUCUGCGGCGGUGGGAGGCCGGCCAAUCUUGCCGCGCUAUCACGUAAAAAAGCAAGGAGGGCCUUGCGGCACGGCACCCUCGCUCUCCUCCAGAAUGCGACUACUGUGCGGCAUCAAGCCGGCCAAAGCAUCAUGCUUGAGCUUUGA